GUUUCUAGUUCAUCCGAGCCGUCGCCCGUCGACAGCAGCGGUUCAUCCGGGAGUCCCUCAUCUGUCCAAAGCACUUCCAAAAACUCAUUUACCGACUCCUCCACCACCUCUGGGAUCUGUAACGGGCCCUCCACCCCCAGCUCGCCCGCUUCCAGUCCGCACACUCAGCCCGACCAUUUGCAUUCCGCGUCGAGCCCCUUCGACACAGAUUGUAGCCGAAAGCUCAUCUCCCAGAUCCAGAGAACGCUGUCGCAAGAAUCGCUGCUGGACGAGCUGGAGUCGGAGUUGCUGAACUGCCAGCUGCUUGAAGGCGUCGGAGAGAGAAAGAGGAAAGGAAGUCCGCCCGUGAAUGGACUCCCCACGGACCAGAAGGGCUGCAUGGUGACCUUUGAGAAGUGCGUGCAGGACAAGUGCACCAAGCAGGAGAAAGCUAUUCAGAGGUUGCUCGAGGAGAACAAGAGACAUCAAGAGCUGAUC